AUGGCCCGGCUGGGUGGUGCUGGGCAGGACACCCUGGCUGGAGGAGGGGGUCAUGUGGACCCAGGUCCCGUGGCAGUGAACACCAGCGCAGAGCCCCCCGGCAGCCUGUCCCCCCCAGCAUGGGGCUGCGCCUGGAGCCCCCCGGCCGAGGGCAGUGAGGAGCCCCUGCAGCUGCCCACCUUCUCCCCCGCCGCCCAGGCCCGCGUGGCCGUCACCUUCGCCCUGUUUGCCCUCUCUGCCGGCUGCAACCUGGCGGUGCUGCGAGCGGCGGGCAGCCGGCGCGGUGGCCGACGCUGCCACAUCCGCCUGCUGCUGCGGCACCUGGCUGCUGCCGACCUGCUGCUCACCGUGGCCGUGAUGCCGCUGGACGCCGUCUGGAACAUCACGCUGCAGUGGCGGGCGGGCGACCUGGCCUGCCGCCUGCUCAUGUACCUGCGGCUGCUGGCCAUGUACGCCUCCGCCUUCGUCACCGUCGUCAUCAGCCUGGACCGCCAGGCCGCCAUCCUGCGCCCGCUGGCCAUCGCCCGCGCCCGCCGCAGGAACCGCGCCAUGCUCCGCGGCGCCUGGCUCCUCAGCGCUGGGCUCUCGCUGCCGCAGCUCUUCCUCUUCCGCACCGUCACCCUCCGCCCCCCACACAACUUCACCCAGUGCACGACGCGGGGCAGCUUCCCCCAGCCCUGGCACGAGACCCUCUAUAACAUGCUGGGCUUCACCUGCCUGUUCCUGCUGCCGCUGCUCAUCAUGGUCUGCUGCUACGCACGCAUCCUCCUCGAGAUCUCGCGGCGCAUGGGCUCCAGCCUCUUCUCCUCUCGGGACAUGUCACUGCGGUGCUCCAGCAACAACAUCCCGCGGGCACGGCUGCGCAUGCUGAAGAUGAGCCUGGUCAUCGUCUCCUCCUUCAUCCUCUGCUGGACCCCCUACUACCUGCUGGGGCUGUGGUACUGGUUCUGCCCACGGGCCAUGGAGAAGAAGGUUUCACCGGCCCUCACCCACAUCCUCUUCAUUUUUGGCCUCUUCAACGCGUGCCUGGACCCCAUCACCUAUGGACUCUUCACCAUCCCGUUGCGGAGGGGCUGGGGCUGCCCCUGCGGGCACGUCCCGGAGCCGCAGCCGCCCUCCCCGGCCACUGGCUCCUUCCGCUGCUCGGCCUCCUCGCUGCCGUCCCAGCGGGGUGUCCCUGGGGUGCGGGGACAGCGGGGACCUGCCAGGCUGGGGCUGCCCACCGGGGCUGGCUCCUGCCAGAGCAGCUCCCUGUGA